AUGGAGUUGAAUGGAGUGUCGAGUUUCAUCAUCUUCUUACUGCUGGUAACGGGUCUCGGAAGGAACACGUGGGAAGUUGGGAUUGAGCUGGCAUGUAUCAUUACCACAAGAUACAUGGAAAAGGUUUUUGUAGCUCACCACGAAGUCUCCUUCUUCCAACAUCCUAGCCUAAGUCCUCUCCCACAUCCCAGGCGCUACCAUCUUCUCCCACAACACGUCAUUCACGACCUCCUCCUCCUCCAUCCCACCUCCCUAGAGCCCAUCCUCCACUUCAAGAAACUCAUCAGGAAAAAGUUUGUUGCGUCCAACACCUUCACCUUGGCCUCUUCUCAAAAGAGAGGAAAAUCGAGCUUCAUUAUAUAUUCGAGCGUUCGGGAGUUUCGAUUAAUCGCACCACCAAGAUUAGUCGAAGUAGGUGUUAAGAUAGAUCAAACCUUGAAGAUCAUCUUUUUCCGGCCAUCCUCCACCGUCAACCGCCGCCGUCCGCCGCCACCCGCUGCUGCGACAGCUACCGAAAAUUGUCGUCGUCGCAGCCGCACUCAGCCAGGCCACGCUCACAGUCCCAGCAAGAAAGCCCCGCGAGCUCCCGCACACCGUCGCCCCUGCUCGCGUGCACCGCCGCACGAGAUCUGCGCACCCGUCCACCUUACCGUACACGCCAGCCCCAAACCGCGCAGGAAUAGGCAUCGCGUCUCGCGUGCCACCCGCACACGCCCGAGGACAUCGCCAGCGCCAGUCCGCAUCGGCAUAGGAUGCACUGCACGAGCCCGAGCAGUCCGCGUAUGUCCGUGUCUGUCCACACGCCCGCGCGUCCCAGCCACCCGACGCGCACCCGUCCGCGACCAACGACCUGCGACCGUCUAUGACCAGAGCCGACCAGCGCCAGUUCAAGCCCAGCCGCUUCACCACCUGACCGAGACGUGA